UGAGAUCUCGCGCCAGAUUAGUGAAGCCGGCCAAGCACUCGCACAACCUCAGGGCAGGGAUUCUGAGAAUGCCCUUGGAGAGUUUGUUAAGUGUAGCGCUACUCGGUUACGUUCCUUAGCUCAUCUUCUUGGUUGCCGUACUGUCGAGGCCGACAUGCCCACCCAGUCGAGGUCCACUUCUUCUGAAGAGGAGGCGGCCGACGAGAUGACCCUGAGGGGGUUUAUGGAUGAUGCGCCUCAGCCUAGUCAGCUUACUGAGCGGCGUCACUUCAACUUAAAGCCUAGGAAGACCUUCAACCGUUAUACACCGGAGGCAUGGAACAAGAAACAAAAGAGGACCGUUGUCGAGUCCGAGAACGAGUUUGAGGACAAGGAGGAGCCGGCACCGAAGAAGGUUCUGAGGAGGUUGAAGAGGGUCGGGGUGGAGCCAGGGACGAAGAAGGUUGUGAGGCAGGCGAGGGGGAAGAAGUAGAUGUCUUGGUGAACUAUUGAAGUUGUCAUAGUUAGCUUCUAUUUGUAAACUUGUCGUAAUUCUGGACUUGUCGUUAUUGUAGACUUGCUGUGAAGUUUUCGUAACUGUGAAAUUCUUGUAAACUUAUCAACUUCUUGCCAA